AUGGACCUCUCAACCCUCGACCAGCGGGUGCGAGACACCAUCCAGAAGCACUCGGCCGACGGCAUCCCGUUCCGCGCCACCACCACCCACGCCCACAAGACCUGGGCCCGCACCUUCACCAGCAGGCCCGAGCUCUACAUCCGGCCCCGGUCCGUCCGCGAGGUCCAGAAGGCCGUCAGCCUCGCCCGCCAGUGCAGGCGCCGCAUCACCACCACCGGCGCCGGCCACUCGCCCUCCGACCUCACCUGCACCUCGUCGUGGCUGCUCAACCUCGACGACCUGCGCGACAUCAUCCACCAUGACCCCCGCUCCAACGUCGUCCACUUCCAGGCCGGCAUCCGCCUCUGGCAGCUCGGCGAGGAGCUCGACCGCAUGGGCCUGGCCAUGCCCAACCUGGGCAGCAUCAACGAGCAGUCCGCCGCCGGCGUCAUCUCCACCGGCACCCACGGCUCGUCCCUGCGCCACGGGCUCAUCAGCCAGUCCAUAGUCGAGCUCGUCAUCGUCACCGCCGACGGCCAGGCCCGCACCUGCAGCCGCACCCACGACAAUGACCUGUUCCGCGCCGCCCUGCUGUCGCUCGGCGCCCUGGGCGUCAUCGUCGAGAUCAAGUUCGAGGCCCGCCCCGCCUACUCGCUCAGGUGGACCCAGACCAUCGACUCUGACGCCCUCAUGUUCCGCGACUGGAACUCUUCCCUCUGGGAGCGCGGCCAUUUCGUCCGCGUCUGGUGGUUCCCCUACACCCGCCGCUCUGUCGUCUGGGACGCCAACGUCACCACCGAGCCGCACCGCGACCCCCCGCGCAACGGCUACGACGGCACCCUCGGCUACCUGGUCUACCACAACCUCCUGUGGCUUGCCCACUACGUGCCGCGCGUCCUGCCCUGGGUCGAGUGGUUCGUCUUCGGCAUGCAGUACGGCUUCCGCGACGGCACCACCACCUCGGCCGUGCAGCCCCAGCGCAAGGCCCUGCUCAUGAACUGCCUGUACAGCCAGUACGUCAACGAGUGGGCCAUCCCGCUCAGCAAGGGGCCCGAGGCCAUCCGCAGGCUGUCGUGCUGGCUCAACAACCUGCAGCCCGGCGACCGCGACUACUGUGACCACCGCAUCCCCUUCAGCAGCCGCGGCCUGUGGGUCCACGCGCCCCUCGAGGUCCGCGUCACCGACACGUCGACCUUCCUGGCCAACACGGACGGCACGGGCGUCGAGUCCCGGCCCUACCUCGACCCGACCUGCCGGGACGGGCCGACCCUGUACCUCAACGCGACGCUCUACAGGCCCUACGACCUGGAUCCGCCCUCGCUGCAGCGCUACUACCAGGCAUUCGAGUGGCUCAUGCGCGACCUUGGCGGGAAGCCACACUGGGCCAAGAACUUUUCCGAGGUGAGCGUCAAGGACAUUGAGGAAAUGUACGGCGAGGACCUCGACGCUUGGAGGACCGUGAGGGACAAGGUGGACCCCAGGGGCCUGUUCGUCGGCAGUUGGCACCGGCGCUAUGUGCUUGGUGGUGAAGAUCCCCUGCCUUUGGAGGAGAGGGAGGAGAAUAAGGUGUUGAGGAGAGGGAAAGGCUGGUUCUGGCAGGGGAAGAUGGCGGAGGACUGA